AUGUUGUUCUCCGUGCUCCUGAUGCUGCUGCUGGUGGUCGGUGGGACGGAAGCUGGUUUCCAUGGAUUGGUGCUCACGUACACCUCUAAAAGGAUUGUGGGGAGUGGACCCAUGGUGGUCAGAAAUGUCAAACUGAGCUUCAGCGCAUGCUCUGAGGCUGACUCGUGGAUUUGUGGCAGCGGACCAGGCCCGUGUGUACACACCACUGAGGAAAAUGCUGGUUACUGGUGUCAGAAAAGUUGGAGUUUGCUUCUAACUGGUUACACUUCCUCCACAUCAUUCUGGUACAGUCGAAACUGGGUAUUCAACAAGAAUGGUGUUGUAUCUUGGAAGGCUUUGGUUUACAAUGAACUGAGGAUACGGUCUGACAUCGGCAAACCCAACUCAACACCACAGACCACCACCAUCCCAUUAGUGAGAUUUCCUUCAAACUGUCAGAGAAACAUUAGCUUGUUGAGAUUUGACCCUGAUGGAGACAUGGUUAGAUGCAGGUUUGCAGACAAUUCGCUGGGAGAGUGUUACAACUGCACGCCACCGUCGGUCCUCAGCCUCUCAUCAUCUUGUACUUUGUGGUUCAGCCCGACUUCAAGCAGCAAUGGAGGUGACUAUGCAGUCCAGCUGAUGAUGGAGGACUUUCCCAGACAGAACAUCACCAUGACUGAUUCCAGCAACCUACAGGAACUGAAAACUACCAGUGAUUUUAUCACCAAGAUACCCAUCCAGUUUGUUUUCACGGUGCUUCCUGCAAUUCCAUCCUGCACUGAAGGUCUCUAUCUGCCCAGAUUUCUGCCUCCAACUCCAGAACACCGAGCUCAGAUCUACAUCACUGUUAAAGAGACUCUGCAAAUUACCAUCAGAGCCGAGGCAACUCAGUCUCAGAUUUCUAACUUCUUCGUCAGCAGGCCGUACAAUAUGGUUAAGAGCACAUCAGGACCAGGAAGCUACACCCUAACGUGGACACCACUUGAUAGUCAAGACAACGAAAGUCACCCCAUCUGUUUCCUUGUUGAAGCGAGCAGGCUACGUCUUGGUUCACGUACUUGCUGCUGCAUGACACUGCACUGCAUGUUGUACUGGAGUAUUGCACUAGGGGGCGCAGUAGAGAACUCAGACCGGAUAGAGUUCUGGAUUUGCGGUUACAAACAAACAAACAUGGUGACACCGGCGGAGAUUAGCAGCUGGUUAAUUUUGAGAUCCCGACAUAAAAAAGACAUCAGCGUAAUCGUAAAUGGUAUGUACGACUUCUAA